AUGCAGAGGCAGAUCAACAACUCCCAUUUCGAUGAACUCAAAAUUGGUGAGGAGUGCCUCGAAUACUCAACGAGAGUUCUGGAGGCUUUACCCUCGCUCCCUGUCACUCAAGCGACAUCAGCCACCGGAGUAGGGAUUUGUACCUCAGGAGACACGCAUGCUCGAAGCCAUGGUCACGACAUUGCCAUUACCGGAACUUCAAAUAAUUUACCAGUGAUAACCAGCUAUAAUAUACCACUGGCUCAAGUUCCGGCCAAAAGAAGAAAUAUCUACUUCGUUUCAGCUUUCUGUAGUCUAGGCGGACUCUUGUUUGGGGCCGAUACGGGUAGCAUUGGUUCAAUUACGUCAAUGCCGCAAUUCGUUGAAGUGUAUCCUAUCCUAAGGAAUGAAGCUGUGCUCGGUGCCUUGGUCGCUACUAUUCUUAUGUCCGCAUCGCUCUCUAGCUUCGCUUCUGGAUGGCUGAGCGACAAGUAUAGCCGUAAACGGACAAUCAUGCUUGGAGCAUAUAUUUUUGGAAUCGGUGCCGCACUGGAGGCUGGAAGUGUUAAUCUAGAGAUGCUAAUUAUUGGAAGAUUGAUAGUUGGAGUGGGCGAAGGCUUUUUCUUGUCUGCUAUUGGUGUAUAUUUAGUCGAGAUUUCCCCGCCGGAUGUCCGAGGGCGUAUCUCGUGUAUGCUCCAACUCUUUGUCACUAUUGGUAUUGCACUUGGAUACUUCAUUUGUUAUGGCACCCUCAAUAUCCGGUCUACACUUUCCUGGCGCAUACCCUUCAUAUUCCAGGCAUUAGUAUCAGCAAUACUAGGCACCGGGAUGCCCUUGCUUCCCUAUAGCCCCAGGUGGCUGUUCCAAAAUGGGAGGGUUGAAGAAGCAUGGAGGGUCCUAGAAUCCUUCGACCGCCACUCCUCUUCAGAAAAAGAGAAAGAAGAACUUAUUGCUAAAUCGCAAGAGCGACAGGGCCGGAAUGAGACGGUUGGAGUUAUCCAGGCGUUCCGAGAUCCAGAUAGCAGGGGUCGAACCCUGCUGGCUAUUUUCAUGAUGGGGAUGCAACAACUAUCUGGGAUCGAUGGUGUUCUCUUUUAUGGACCUAUACUAUUCUCUCAAGCCGGUUUAACCUCACGCCAAGCCUCAUUCCUCGCUUCCGGUGUAUCGGGCAUAAUAAACGUCAUAUGCACUAUUCCUGCCCAAUUAUAUCUACUAGAUAAUUGGGGAAGGCGUUCUUCUGCAAUCGUCGGUGGGCUUAUUAUGGCCGUAUGCAUGUUGGCCAUUGGCUCUAUGUAUGCGGCGGGCGCAGAUGCUGGACAAGGCAAAUAUGCAAUUCUCGUUUUCAUUUAUCUCUUUGUCGUUGCAUUCUCGACCACCUGGGCGGUUUCGUUCAAGGUCUUCAUCACCGAAAUACAGCCCAUGCGUGUUCGAGCUACUGCAUCUUCACUUGCGCACAGUUCCAACUGGCUCUGUAACCUUGCGGUUGCAUUGACUACUCCUCUGUUUUUAUCUCGCAGUUCCUCGGGACCUUACUUUAUGUUUGGUGCUUGCCUGCUGCUCACUUCGGUUGUCUGUAUGAUUUGGAUGCCUGAAACAUUAGGAAAGUCUCUUGAAGAAGUUGACGAAGUCUGGGAGGCUCGCAUGAAAAAGAGCAAGGAAAUCAUUCACUCUCUGGCAACUUUUGGAGUCGGGAGAGAACGUCGUAACAAUGCAGAUGAGUUGGAAAUGCAGGAGCGGGCUAGAGUUUAA